AUGGCCCAGCCAGCCCACUGCAUCCGUUCCGUCUUCGGCCUCCAGUGCUUCUUCCUUUUCCUUCUCACCUCUCAGGAGGCAGGUGCUGCCGCACUUCAAGAACUCCAGAAAACUGGCAAAUCAAUAUCUGAUCAUUUGUUCUCUCUGGCUCCAGCCCCUGUUUCCAUCACCCUGUCUAAUCACACUGCUCUUCAUUCAGAGCACAGCUCUCCAGACCCCCUGAUAUCUACAGAAAUCCAUAAGCCAAAGCACCAAUGCACUACCACACACCACUCCAAGCUGGCUCACCAAAGCUCCACAACCCAAGCUGCUCCUCCUGCUGCUGAACAGAACCCCAGCAAACAAGGAAGAGGGCCAUUUAUCCGGAAUGAACGUGCUUCUGAACCUAAGGACACUGCUAAUACAGAUCAAGGGUCAGAUGGGGAAAGACAUACAACUCCAGUACACAACAGAAAGAGUACCACUUGUCUUCAGCGCACAACAAGCAGAUCAACAGUGACAAGCAAACCAGCCAAAGUUGUAACACCAAGUACCACCUCAAACAAGACUACAGAAAAGACAAAACAAAACCUAGGAAAAGUGAUUGACCACAAGCAAUCAACCACAGGGGGCCAUGAGAGGACCACAGGAAGCCCUGAGAAGUCCACGGAACACGAAGGAAAGACCACAGGGGACAAUAAGAGGGCCACAGGAGCCUCAGAAAAGUCCACAGGACACGAAGGAAAGACCACAUCAAACCACAAGAGGAUCACUGAAACCGUUAUAGGCACAGGACAUGGAGAAAAGAUCACAUCGGGCCAUGAGAGGACCACAGGAAGCCCAGAGAAGUCCACGGAACACGAAGGAAAGACCACAUCAAACCACAAAAGGACCACUGAAAACUUUGUAGGCACAGGACAUGGAGAAAAGAUCACAUCGGGCCAUGAGAGGACCACAGGAAACCCAGAAACGCCCACAGAACAUGAAGGAAAGACCACAGGGACCCAUUAUAAGACCACAGGCGGUUCAGCAAAAUCUACUAGACAUCAAGAAAAGACCACGUCGGUCACUGAGACCAUAAAAGCUCCAAUAAAACUCACAGAAAAUCCAGCAAAAAACACAGCAGCCACAGUGAACAUAAGACCUGCAGUGAAGGUCACAGGAGACGCAUAUAUCAGCACUACAUCUCCUUGCACCAGUAACACUGAGGCUUCCCAGUGUGUACCCACUGGUUCCUCUACACCCCCCAGGUCGAUCGUGUCAGAAGCCCCCAACAACAAGAGCCAUCCACAGCAGAACAAAGAUGACUCACAAGGAGGUGUCCAUGAGGGAGAAACGGAAGGGACUGAUUCCUUCCCCGCAUGGGCCAUAGUGGUUGUGAUCCUGUUGAGUGUGAUUCUCCUUCUGGUGUUCAUCGGCCUGAUUGUCCUGGCCUCCUACGUGGCUCGAACACGCCGUGCACUGAUCCAGAACACUGAGAAUAAUGACUCAGAGAAUGCUGGGGGCUCCAAUUCCUACCCAGUUUACCUGAUGGAGCAACAGACUCUCGGCCCAUCCCAGACCCCUGGCCCACGAUGA